GUUUAAUUACACUUAAUUAAUCUUAAUUAAGCCCUUCCUUAACCCCUACUUUUUUUCUCUUCCACACUAAUCCAAACACUUAUUUCAAAAAAAAAAAAAAAAGAAGCAUUUUUCCGUUCUCUCCUUUUGCUUUCUCUUUAUAUGUAUACACAUAGCGCUCUCGCUCUUUAACCGAAUCGAUCAAUUUUUUUCCUUUUUCUUUUAAUUUUUUUUUGUAGGGUUACAGUUUUUGAAUAAGAUCGCUUGAUCGAAACCCAAACGACGAGCAGCAGCAAAAGGCAUUAGAAGUGGUAGCAUAAAGAAUAUCUUCCCAGUCAAUCUAGACCGGUAUGGAUCAGCAAGGCCAUGGGCAGACCUCUGCAACGGGUGUAGUUGGUACUGCAGCAGCAGUUCCAUAUGGUGUAACCACUUAUCAACCAAAUCAAAUGAUGGCAACCUCUGCUCCCGGAUCAGUUGGCUCAAUCCAAUCCCCUACCCAGCCAGCAGGUCUCUCUGCCUCAUCAGCUCAGCUGGCACAACACCAACUUGCUUAUCAGCACAUCCACCAACAACAGCAACAGCAAUUGCAACAACAACUCCAGAGCUUUUGGGCAAAUCAAUAUCAAGAAAUUGAGCAGACUACAGAUUUUAAGAAUCAUAGCCUACCAUUGGCCAGGAUUAAGAAGAUUAUGAAGGCAGAUGAGGAUGUGAGGAUGAUAUCAGCUGAAGCUCCAGUAGUAUUUGCUAGGGCCUGUGAGAUGUUCAUUCUAGAGUUGACAUUGAGGUCGUGGAAUCACACUGAGGAAAAUAAGAGGAGGACACUCCAGAAGAAUGACAUUGCAGCAGCAAUUACAAGGACUGAUAUAUUUGAUUUUCUGGUUGAUAUCGUCCCUAGAGAGGAUUUAAAAGAUGAGGUACUUGCAUCAGUUCCGAGGGUUGGAGGUCCAGCUGAUGGUCUUCCUUACUAUUACAUGCCACCUCAGCUUGCUCCACAGGUGGGUGCUCCAGGUAUGACUGUGGGUAAACCUGUGAUGGAUCAUGCCCUUUAUGGCCAACACUCUCGCCCUUAUGCUGGUCAGCAGAUGUGGCCACCACAACAGCAGCCACCUUCAGAUUCUUAAAUGGGAUGCUAAUGGCUACUUGAAAGGCAUAAAGGAGAAUGCAAGUGAAUUGACAUAGUCUGCGAUUGAAGUCUACAUAGUAUUAGUGUUUGCAUUACAAGUUAAUUACUCCUCUAUAUAUAGUGUAACAGUUAAAAGAUGCUUGUUAUAGGGCCCAUAGUUCUUUUUUCUUUCAACUUAUAAUUAUUCUCAUUUACAUUGAGGAUGUGAAACUCAAAAGUGCUGUAAAGAAUUGGAAUUGCAUGGCCUUUUGUAUGUGAAUACCGAGGUCUAUGGCUGUCUCAUGUUAUUCUCCAAGCUAUAACCUGUUUCUUAAAUUCAUUUA